UGUGUGUGUGUGUCAGAUAUCCCGUACGUGCUGAAGCUGGAGUCUCAUCCUCACACCACGUGUUGGCCGGGUCAGUCUCUGUACUUCAUGGCUCCCAGUGUCCCAGAUAAGCAGCGCUGGGUGGCUGUUCUGGAGUCAGUUGUGUCCGGCAGCAGAGGAUCGCGAGAGAAGAGCGAAGCGGACGCGAAGCUGCUGGGAAACUCUCUGCUGAAGCUGGAGGGAGACGAUCGGCUGGACAUUAACUGUACUUUACCACUGACCGACCAGAUCGUGCUGGUGGGCUCAGAGGAGGGUCUGUACGCUCUGAACGUCAUCAAGAACUCUCUCACACACAUCCCAGGACUCGACUCUGUGUUUCAGAUCCAGAUCCUGAAGGAGCUCGACAAGCUGCUCAUGAUCACCGGUGAGGAGCGUGCUCUCUGUCUGCUGGACAUUAAGCGGGUCAAGCAGUCUCUGGCUCAGUCUCAUCUUCCAGCGCAGCCGGAUCUCAGUCCUUACAUCUUCGAGGCGGUGAAGGGCUGUCAUCUCUUCGCUUCUGGAAAGAUCGACGCGUGCAUGUGUAUCUGUGCCGCGAUGCCCAAUAAAAUCACCAUCCUGCGCUUCAACGACACACUCAACAAGUUCUGCAUCAGAAAGGAGAUCGAGACGUCUGAACCCUGCAGCUGCAUCCACUUCACCGGAUACAGCAUCAUCAUCGGCACCAACAAGUUCUACGAGAUCGAGAUGCAGCAGUACGUGCUGGAAGAGUUCCUGGAUAAGAGCGACGUGACCCUGGCCUCGGCUGUGUUCUCUGCCUCGUCCCACAGCUUCCCCAUCUCCAUCAUCCAGGUGUCCAGCGCGCCGCAGAAGGUGGAGUACCUGCUCUGCUUCCACGAGUUCGGUGUGUUUGUGGACGCGUACGGCCGCAGGAGUCGCAGCGAUGACAUCAAGUGGAGCCGCCUGCCGCUGUCCUUCGCGUACCGAGAGCCGUACCUGUUUGUCACCUACUUCAACUCUCUGGACGUCAUCGAGGUUCAGAGUCACUCUGCGCUCGGGCCUCACGCUUACGCUCACCUGGACAUCCCUAACCCACGUUACCUGGGUCCGGCCAUCUCGUCCGGCGCCGUGUAUCUGGCCUCGUCCUUCCAGAACAAGCUGCGAGUGAUCUGCUGCAAAGGAAACCUGAGUCAGGAGACAUCAGCAGCAGAAGCUCAGAGAAACGGAUCCGCACGCAGCCCAAACAAGCGCGGUCCUCCCACCUACAACGAGCACAUCUCCAAGCGUCUGGCUGCGAUGCCGGAUGUAGAGGACGGCCUGCACCAGCCCGGGACGCCCCACCGAUACCACGAGGCUCGCACCGAGUUCAGACGGGACAAGUCUCCGGCGCGGCCCCUGGACAGAGCGAAGUCCCCGGGCCAGAUGGAGCGGUCCCCCGGCCGGAUGAUGGACCCCCGGCUGGAGCGCUCGCCCGGACGCAUCAUGGACCUGCGCAGGGAGAGGUCACCCGGACGGGCGUUUGAGGAGCCUCGCCAAAGACUGCACACGGGGUCAGCUCGAACCCCCAUCAACACUGUUAACAAGGUGUGGGAUCAGUCGUCAGUGUAAGAGUCAUCAGUGAAGAUCCGAUCCAAUCCGAUCCCGUCCUGAUGAAGAAGCUCUCAAACAGCACAACGUCCCACUCACCAGGCCUUACAAACACAGAUCCGGCCAGCAUUUACUAAACCACACACACACGCACACACGCACACACACACACACAGACACACACACACACACACACACACACACACACACACACACACCUGUCCUUCUCUUUGUACUCCCUCUGUCUCCUCUCCUCUUCCUUCCCGCUCUUUCCCACAAUCCCCGGCGACAGCGUAGCGUCCGUCUCGACGGAAAGGGAAUCUUUGUAAACCUCCAGAAUGUCACGUUGAUCUUGUAAAUACGCCCACGUGAUGAUUUUUAUAAGAAGCGAAUAACAAGGUGGGGUCUAUUUUUGUUAAAAAACAAUGAAUAAAAAACUGAAUGUGAGAAACUCAUUUAAAAACUGCUUCGAAGAAACUGAUUCUGCUGGAGUCCAGCUUCAUCCGUCUCGUUCUGUCGCAUGGAGGCGCUCUGUUCCUGCUUCGUUUCCUGUAACCCCUCGCUGUCCGCGCUGAUGUUUAACCAGAGAUGAUGUAGCCUUUCUUCUUUCUCUUUUUUAUGAUCAUGCUCCGAUAGCAUCAUCUAUAGCCACUAAUAAACUAAAGUUUAUCUUUA